UUUUUUUAAUGCUAUUUGUAUGUUUUCUUGUUGUUUUUAAUUAAUUGCUUGUGCAGACUGUUGGCUACCACUGAAAACUCAUCUGUUGAGACAGUCCAAAUAAUGUAAGGUUAAUGUGAAAUUUUUGUCAUGUAAUUUGUUUUUUAUAAAGGUCAGGAAAUGUAAAUAAGGAACAGUAAUUGUAUUAUUAAUGUUUGAUAAGUCGUAUUAUCGUAUUAACAUGCCAUACUAUCCAAUAAAUGAUUACUAAGUGUACAAAGUAAGUUUAAGUUGCUGUUUGUGACAUGGAAGAACUGCCAACAGAGGUUGUGGAGCUUAUUCUAGCUCAAAAUAAACUUAAUAUAGAAGAUAUACUUAAUUUUCGUGUAACAUGUUUGCGAUUUAAAGAUGUUGUGGACAGUAGCAGUUUUUUGUGGAGGAAGAAAUAUUUAAAACUAUUACCAAUGUUCAAACACCUUUUCGGCGAUGACUUUAGCGACUGGUAUGAGGAAAUUAAAUAUUAUUAUGAAGUUAAAUACAAGACUUUACAUAUGUUAUCUACCAUGUCAUCCAGAUUUUAUCAUAAGAGUGAACUAUCUGCUGUGGAUUUGGAAGAAUGGAAGCUGUUUGCUUUUGGAAGGGCUAGGACAUAUGAUUAUCUUGUAUGGAAAUUGUGUGAAAUAGUCAAUUGUGAUUACCCCAUAAAAAGUAUAGAAAUUGUGCCACCAUGUACACCAGGAAAUUUAACCACCAAGUAUUAUGCAUUGAAGGUUUUAAAGUUUUUGAAACAGAUACGGCUCUCUGAAGAAUGGGAAACUUUCAUAGCUUUGCCCAAAGAACUUCUUAUCCUUGAAUGGGGGGCCACAUUUGUUGCUCAGUGGUGCCUGCCACAUUUAAAUAUAAAGCAGCAAGACAUUAGUAAACAACUAGAUGAAAUUGCAGAAAUGGUAAAAGACCAUUUGAAAGCUUUAAAUCCGAAUCAUCCUAUAUUUGCUCUGCCAAAGAAAGAAUUAGAAGGAUGGAGAACUCACAAUAUUACAAGAAAUCAAUUUAAUACAUUUUAUUCAAGACAAGCAUUGGAAAGUAUUAGGAAUGUCCUUUAUCAGCAGUUAGGAUUUCAUGGGAACGAAUGUGAUUAUUAUGAAGCAGAUAAUUCAUUCAUAAACAAGGUUUUGGAAAGAAGAACUGGUCUUCCAAUAACUUUAGCGAUAAUUUUCGAAAGUAUUGCAAGACGUGUGGGAAUCAAAUGUGAACCUAUCAGUUUUCCUUCACAUUUUCUACUUCGAUACAAUGAAGAGGGAAAUUUCCCUCCUUAUUACAUUGACGUCUUUAACAAUGGCGACAUGAUUAACAGGUACACAUGUCCGAGAGCUGCUUCAAGCAACAGAGACACCCAGUUACCUGCAGCCACUUUAAAACAGGUCAUGGAACGUAUGGCAAACAAUUUAGAAGUCAAUAUUCGCCAAAACAUGUACCCUAAUGUGUACCCCGUGUCUUUAACAACCGUUUUGGGUCUUCAGCAGCUCACGAACCCUACAAAUCUUACAACAGCCGUGGAAUUAGCACGACAUUACAUGCAACACAACCUGGAUUCAAAACCUCUUAUCGACAAACUACUUAAAAUUUUCCAGAAAUCGCCUGAAAAUGUAACAGGGGGGCAACGAGGAUCGUCUAAGGGUCGAAAUGGUAAUGAUGAUGAACUUCCAGAACAUGUACAAAGAAUAUUGAGGAUGCUUAGUGAUUAUGAAGCACACAGGCAACAGAAUGAGAUGUUUCUGUUUGCACAGACUCAGCCAAAGUCUAGGCCCCCUCAAGUAAAAUAUGCAGUAGGUAUGAUAAUGCAACACUUGUCUUUGACUUAUAUUUGCGUGAUUUAUGACUGGGACCCCAUUUGUAAAGCAUCCCCCGAAUGGCAGAACGAUAUGGGGGUGCACAAGCUAAGAUAUAAAGAUGAACAGCCAUUUUAUAAUGUUUUAGCUCAAGAUGGGACCCGGAGAUAUGUUGCUCAAGAAAAUUUGUUCCCCACGCAAAAUCCCUCUACUUUGCACUCUAAUCCGAAUAUAGGGAAAUAUUUUUCCCAUUUUUUUGGAAACAUGUUCAUUCCUAAUCAUGAGAAGGAGAAAGAGUAUCCUUUAGAUAGAGAUAUCCGACUCCGAUUUAACGCCAAAUUCCAAUUCCAAAAGGUACCAUUUCCAUGACUAAAAUAGACCCAUUUUAUUUCUAGGUUUAUAUGUGGUUGGUAUUGUAAAUAGCAUAAAUAUAUCUGUUAAAAUUAAAGUCUGAAAGAUUAUUAAAAUGUACAACUAUGUAUAUAAUAUAGUUAUCAAUAAGUAAAAUUUUUGUAUACCUCUU